GUAAGUGGAAUUUGGAGCUGUCUACAAAGGCUCCUCUCGGAUGCGAAUAUUACGUAAGGAUGCUUGCCUUUGCCAAGUUGAAGACGACACGAGCCCGGGAAGACCCCGCCGAUUGUAACGAUGAUGCUUUAGAACGCUACGUGGAUACGCGUGGGUCAUGUUGUUAGCAGCCAAGAUAAUCUUUUACAAAGCCCUGAGCAACCAUUUGCGGACUUUAAUGAAGAAAAUUCCAAAACUUCAACCAGCUAGCUGGCUGACUUCUUCUCCACGAGCUCCAAUGAUGUCGACCUGUUGCUUUCAGGGUUUAGGCACAAGCAGAUCGGGAAAAGUCGCCGUUGUGAUGACUUUCAUCCAAAAACUCGGCAAGCAUGAUUCUCUUUGUUAUCUAUGAGCAACGUAUCUUCCGAGUUUACUCAGUUUGUAAUUCUAUCCUAUAGUUUGAAUAUUUAUCUUUCUCAUAUGGGUCUCUCCUCAAAAUUAAUGGUGCCGACUACUCUGUUCAUUGUUUUAUCGCUUUCGCUUACAAUCACCCAUGUUCAAUCCAAUGGGGAAGGCUUCAUUUCUGUGCAAAUAUUCGAGAAGGGUCUUGAUUUUGCAAAGGAUUUGCUAAUAGACAAGGCUGUUUCCUCUAUUAUUCCACUUCAACUGCCUGAUAUUGAAAAGACUGUGAAAAUCCGGCUUAUCGGCAAAGUCCAUAUUCUGCUUUCAAAUAUUACAAUUAAUCAGGUCGAUAUUGCUUCUUCAUACGUUAGUACCGGAGAGAGUGGUAUUGUCUUAGUUGCUUCAGGUGCCACUGCAAAUUUGAGCAUGAGGUGGCAGUAUUCUUACACUACUUGGUUGAUUCCAAUUGCAAUUACGGAUAAAGGGGAUGCAUCUGUUCAGGUUGAAGGUAUGGUGGUGGGGUUAACUGCAAACCUUGAGAACCAAGAAGGAAAGCUUAAGCUCCAUUUGCUUGAAUGUGGGUGUCAUGUGAAAGAUAUAUCAAUAAAGUUGGAUGGUGGAGCAUCUUGGCUUUAUCAAGGGGUAGUGGAUGCAUUUGAAGCGAAAAUAGCAUCUGCAGUUGAAAGUUCUAUUUCCAAUAAGAUCAGAGAAGGGAUAAUAAAGCUCGACUCCUUAUUGCAAUCACUUCCAGAACACAUCCCAGUAUAUAGCAUUGCAGUUUUGAACGUUACUUUUGUGGACAAUCCCGUGUUGAGUAAUUCUUCCAUUGAAUUUGACAUUAAUGGUCUAGUCACAUCAAAGGAUGCAGUUUUAGUUUCAAACCAUAACCAUAAAGGUUGGAAGGGUUCUUUUUCCUGCAGCAGUCUAGCCAAGAUGGUCCAGAUCUCUUUACAAGAUGAUGUUUUUAAUUCUGCAUCCUUUGUUUACUUUGAUGAAGAUUAUAUGCACUGGAUUGUUGACAAAGUACCAGAUCAGUCCCUGUUGAACACCUCCGGAUGGAGAUACAUUGCCCCUCAGUUGUACAAGCAGUACCCAAAUGAUGACAUGAAUCUUAAUAUAUCUGUAUCUUCUCCACCAAUCAUAAAAGUUGCAAAGGAUGACAUUGAUGCCAUUAUUAACUUAGAUCUGACAAUUUAUGUCAUUGAUGCUGGUCAAGUUAUCCCAGUUGCUUGCAUCUCAUUGGAGAUAAGUACCUCCAGCUCUGCAGAAAUUAUGGGGAAUAAUCUAGCUGGUAGUAUUAGAUUGAAAGAUUUCACCACAUAUUUGAAAUGGAGUGAGAUUGGUGACCUGCAAAUACAUCUUCUUCAGCCUGUAAUGUCAACUCUCAUCAAAACCGCAUUGUUGCCGUAUGUGAACUUACACCUGAGGCGAGGAAUUCCUCUACCUCUCCCUCAUGGUUUUACACUUCAGAAUGCUGAAAUUGUCUGCACAUGUUCAAGGGCUAUAGUUUGCAGCGAUCUAUCCUUACCAGGACAGUACCAUCUUAGCAGCAGCCACUUUGCUACAACCAAGCAUUCUAAUGUUACGUAAACAGAAUAGACACUGAUAUGUUUUGCUUAUCAAUUUAGGAUUUGUUAGUGUAUUUUCUUUUAAUGAACUUCUCAGUGUAAUGUUUGCUCAAGAUUUGUGUGUGUUUGUUGGGUUUCUCAAUCAUAUAGCAUGAAAAGAUAGCUUGUACAAAA